AUGGGUAAAAAGACUGCAAAGAAAACUGGCGUCCCAAACAAUUACGAUGAAUUUAAUAAAGCAGUAAUUGCCUAUUCCACCUGCGUCCAAGAUAUUGAUCAAGCAGAAUUUGCUAAAAUGAGCUCAGGCGAGCGUUCAAAGUUAUGUACUAAGGAAGCUCAAAUUUUGAAGACUAUUCUGUCUUCGAACGGACUCCUUAUGUCUAAUAUCUAUCAACACAGACUAGAAACUUCCGAUCUAAAGUAUGAAGACCUCUUGUAAUCUUGCUUGGCGAAUAGAGAAUUGCAAAAAUAAUUAUUCUCCCUUCUUUUAGUUACUCAAGUGAGAUUU